GUUUGGUUUGAAUACCGACAAGUAUACAAUCCUCAACGUUAAGUAAAUUUUAUAUAUUUUUCCAUUAACAUGGAAGAGAUUUUAAAAGAAAUUGAUAAAUUACAUUUAGAUUAUUUGAGUGAGGAAUGGAUAGAGUCUAUUUUUGCAUCAGAAUUCUUAGAAUAUGCCGAAAUGCCUAAUGACUACGAAGUUUCAAUAGAAUAUGAUGAUAUAAAAUUUAUAUUCUUAAAUAUAAUUAAUGCAGUGCAGGAAUGGCUUAAUAAUAAUCCUGAAAAUGGAGAAGAUAAAUCCUGGACACAGUUGUCACCUCAAAUAAAACAUCAGAACUUAUUAGCUCUUUUAGGUUACUUUAUUGACUUCGGUGGUAAAAAUAUUCUUACAAGAGAACACCGAAAUAACGCUAUCCUUGCAUCUCGUUUGUAUUACAAAUUAUUGUGUAUUCCUGGAUACAAAGCAUAUCACAUUUAUCAUUCACAACUGUUCACACAAUCGCUCCUUUGUCUUAACUAUCCCAAAGCAGUGUGCAUAAAUGAAAACAAUUACUUCAAUACAAAAGAGCUCACGUGCGAGGUGAACUCUCUCAUUAAGGAAUUGGGGCACUUUGUGUAUAAUUUACGAGAAAUUAUUCCAAAUUUGCAUUUGUCACCAAACGAUAUGAAUUUUGAAGACAUCGUUAGUAACCUAUUAGAUAUUACAGGAGGUGCCAUUGUUAACAAACUUCAUAUAGAUAAAGUAGAACUGGCCAACCUCUCUGGUACCAUAUAUGAAAUGAUUGAUAUUCUGAUAUGUCAAACAAAGGAUGAACCAAAUUCUACAGCGAUACUGUUGAUUUUUAAAUGUCUCCUACCGAAGUUCAUUGCUGCAUCCACAGACAGUCGGAGUGCAAAUAAUGUGGUGAGAGCUUCAUAUGUGACUUAUUCAGGGAUAUUGUUAUCUAAAUAUGGUAAAGCUGCUCUGCCAGGUUUUAAUAUUCUUUUGCAACAUCUUUGCUACACUUUGGAUGGACUUGAACGAGCAGAGGUUAGAUUCGCUCGUGUAUCCCUUGUGGUAGGUCUCAUGAGCCUCUUGCCCCACAAAUCUUAUAGAAACUUUGUGAACUGGUUACUAAAAUUAUCAACAACGGCAAAAGUCUCACACAGACUGAUUGCCCUGGAAAUAUUGGCUAAGCUAUUGAAUAAUGAUAGUGAUCAAUUCACCAACAAAGAAACAACUCUAAAUGAGUCAUAUAAUAUAGGUAAGAAAAAACUUGAAUGUGAGCCCACGCCAGAAGGUGAAAACACUGCUGAACCACAAGCCAGAACUUCAACAGACUCAGUAAAUACUGAAAGUGAAAGUGAAGAUCUUCCUGAUAAUGAAGAAACCGAGGACGCGAUAGCAGGGCUCCUCCGCCAGAGGGCGCACACGGUGGCGCACGGCGAGGUGCUGCGCGCCGUGUACGAGCGCGUGCACGACGCGUCCGGCUCGCUGCGCAUGCGCGCGCUCGCCCUGCUGGCGGACUGCCUGCUCUCCGACCACCCGCCCAUGAAGAGGGCUAUCGAGGAGCUGAACGGCGCGGGCAGCGUGUCGCGGCUGGCGGCGGCGAGCGCGCGCGGCGUGUGCGACGAGCGCGCGGCGGUGCGCAAGGCGGCGGCCGUUCUGCUGCAGCGCCUCGCCGCCGCCGCGCUGAGGGGCGGUCGCGCGCCAAGAGACUCCGACUACGCGAUGCUGGUGGGGUUAUGCCGUGACGCGAGCAUCGUAGUGCGAUCGGCUGCAUUGUCCGCACUGGGUGAACUAGUUGCCUGCGCGGCCUUAAGCCCCAUCGCAACAACAGUACCUCUGCUCCCCCCAACGGAAUCUCCAGCUACCCCUUCGUCACCGGUUACGACCACUGAGCGCCUGGGUACCCCCACAAAAUGCCUGACAACUCCGACAAAUUGUCCCGCUACUCCUACAAAUUGCCCCAGUACUCCUACAAAUUGUCCCGCCACUCCUACAAAUUGUCCCGCCACUCCUACAAAUUGUCCUAGUACUCCUACAAAUUGCCCCUCGACUCACGCAAGGACCUCGGCCACUUCGGAUGAGCCUCACGACGCCGCUAGCGAUCCUCCGACCGUCACUCGAGUUGCACUCGACGCCUUCCUCGCCGGGCCCAUGCAUCGCUUGUCCGACCCUGAAACCAAGAUUCAAGAGCAAGUUGUGGGUUUCAUAAAGGAUUUGUUAAUAGAUCCUUUACGAAAAUAUGAUCCUCUCGUAAGCGAAGACACCUUGCCCUGGGAGUUCCUUUCGGGCAUCACCCGGCACAAUAUGAAGAGACAUUUACAGAAAGCGUGCGGUUUGCUGGUCAAAUCAUCAAAUUGUAUCAAUCAUCGACUAGUCGAUAUACUGAGCACGCAUCUGGGUACAUCGAGUGACGAGCGCGACCUACAGUGCCUCGUGCUACUGACCAGCGUAGCGAGACACGUGGACUACUCCGACGUCGGCUUCCUGCUGGACUACUACUACCACCUUACGGCGAAACAGGAGCGUGACGCGCGCCUGCUGCCUCUGACGCUGGAGCUGCUCUCGGUGUGGUCGGGCGCCGUGGCGGGCGCCGCGCGCGACGCGCUGCGGGACCACCUCGUCACGCGUCUUGCGGCCGCGCCCGAUGACGAAAGCAGACCAGCUGUCGCGUCUCUCGCAGCACAAUUGGAUCCUAAUAAUCUGCACUGGGCGACUGAGCUGAUGCAAAUAUCGGAGCGGCGCGCGCUAGCGAGUAGUGACGUGCGUGAGUGGCUAAGAGCGGCCGACGUGUCGCUAGUGGCGCCCACGCCGCCCUCGCCACAGCUUCUGCGACUGUUCCUAACUGCACUGGCACACCCCCCGCCCGAGUGGGGCCCGCAGCAGCGCGGCGCGUGCAGCGCGGGCGCGGGGCGGCUGUGCGUGCGCUCGCGCGCCGCGGCCGCCGCGCUGGCGCCGCCGCUGGCCGCGCAGCUGCGGGACGCCGCCGCGCCGCUGUGCGCGCGCCUCAACGCGCUGCUCGCGCUCACCGACAUCUGCACCAGGUACUCGUGCAUCGUGGAGCCGCAGCUGGACGCGGUGUGCGGCUCGGUGGCGCGCGGCGCGGCGCCGGCGCUGCGGCGUGCGGCGGCGCGCGCGCUCACCCGCCUGCUGCUCGCCGGCUACCUGCGCCUGCGCACGCCGCUCUACUACCGCUACUGCGCGCUACUCGCGGACGAUGACCACGACGUGCGCGAGCCGGCCGAGUACUACGUGUCGUGCUGCCUCACUGUCGACGCCAUCUACCACCACUUCGUCGACUGCGUGCUACAUUACAACAACGAGGACACCGAACCCAUGUCGUUCGAUGCGCGGCAGUUGAUCUACGACGUGAUGCUGCAGCGGCUGUCGUUGGUGCAGAAGCUGAACGUACAGUGUCGCCUGGCGCGGGAGGUGCUGGAGCACGCGGCCAGCCUGUGCGACGAGCAGGACGAGCUGCCCGCCGCGCUGCACGCCGCGCUGCUCGACACCAUCACGCUGCUGUGCGGGCCCCGCAUGAAGCUGCCCAAAAAACCUGAAAAAGCAGGAGAUGCUGAUUUAGAUGACCUUCAAGAACGUGUGACGACGAACAUUGUCUCUCAUAUUUUCACGGAGAAAGAAAAGAAAAUGAAGCGCACGGUGGCCGAGGUGCUGGUGCCGGCCGUGCUGCGGCUGUACGCGCACAUGCGGCCGCGCGGCGGGCAGCUCGCCGCCUACCUCGUGCGCAUCGCCACCGACCUGCUCAACGACUACCGGCACGAGAUCGAGGAGCUGAUAGAGAACGACGAGGAGCUAGUGGAGCGCGUGCGGCAGUUCCAGGAGACCAUCGGGCUGGAGGCGUCGUUCGGCAACGCGCGCAACCUCGUGACCGCGUCCGCGCCGCCCGAGCCCGACACGCCGCGCGCGCGCCGCCGCCCCGCGCCCCGCACCCCCGGCCUGGCGCCGCGCAAGCGGGCGCUGCGCGUAUAG